AACAAAACGUGUGACGUAAUUCGGUCUGCUAGCUGGCUAGUUGGCUUGCUAACGAGAGAGAAGAUGGACUCUCCCAUACUGGAACCUUCUCUCUACACGGUUAAAGCGGUGCUCAUCCUGGACAACGAUGGAGACCGGCUCUAUGCCAAGUAUUAUGAUGACACAUACCCAACGGUGAAGGAGCAGAAGGCAUUUGAGAAGAACAUAUUCAACAAGACGCACAGGACAGACAGUGAAAUAGCUCUACUGGAAGGCCUUACUGUUGUCUACAAGAGCAAUAUCGAUCUCUUCUUUUACGUCAUUGGAAGUUCACAUGAAAAUGAGCUUAUGCUUAUGGCUGUGCUAAAUUGCCUUUUUGAUUCUCUCAGUCAGAUGUUAAGAAAAAAUGUGGAGAGGAGGGCUUUAUUGGAGAAUAUGGAAGGCCUGUUCUUGGCUGUGGAUGAAAUUGUAGAUGGAGGUGUGAUCUUAGAGAGUGACCCACAGCAAGUUGUUCACCGCGUGGCUCUCAGAGGGGAUGAUGUACCUUUGACGGAGCAGACAGUCACCCAGGUGCUUCAGUCUGCUAAAGAGCAGAUCAAGUGGUCACUGCUUCGAUAGUGAGGCCCGCGCCGCUCUACCAGUGAGCUGCUGCUCACCAUGGCACUGAUCCUUCUUCUGCAACUUCCACUUCUUCAAUCAAAGUGGAGAAGAAUACAAAUGGCUGAUACAGUCACACUUCAGGACUUCUUCUUGAGAAACCUUUUUCCCGUUUCCAUUUUUUUUUUCUGCUCAGUCUUGCACUGUAUGAUCAAAAUGGGGAUACAAUAUGGUGUGCAUUCCAGUAACGAUUAACCUGUAUCGUUUAUUGAUAUACCUUUUCAUUGAAGAAAACAAAUAAAAUUUGUACCUGUCUACAAAUGUGAAAUACUGAUCCAUACCAUCAUAGCCUCUGACAACAUUCCUUGUAUCUUGUAUAACAUAAAAUGUAACCUUUACAAUAUUAUCUUGUCAUUUCCUUUAGAUGAUCAGAGAAAGAAUAAAACCUCUUUAAAUCA